AUGGUGGAGCCGGAGGACAGCCUGUAUAAGAUGCACUGGAACCCGGAGCAUGCCCAGUCCCUCAGCCAGUGGCCUGAGCAGCACCUGGAUGUGUCCUCCACCACCUCCUCGCCGGCCCACAAGUCCGAGCUGUACACCGCUGGCCGAACCCACGCCCGAGGAGGCUCCACCCACGGCUACGCCUGGGCCAAUGACGACAUUGGUGCCCUAACCGCCUCCAAUCUGCUAAAGAGCUAUGCAGAGAAGUACUCUGGUGUUCUAGACUCACCCUACAACCGUCCACCGGGGCCCACUGUAGGGGCCUACCCAGAGCCAGGGGCCUUCGGGGGCCUCAAUGGCCUCAAGACUGAGCUGGAGCCCUGGCCCCUGAGCCACAGUGCGGAGGGGCCCUACCCCGGGUCCCUGGAUGGUCUGUCAGGCCCCAAGGUUGGGGCCACAUCAGCAGGGCCCCCAGGGGCCAGCAGUGUGUCAGUGGUCAACAGUAACCUCUCAGACUCUGGAUAUAGUGGUAGCAGCUCCUGCUCUGGGUCUCACUCUGGUGACUACAACCCCCCCAGCUACAACGGUACCUACCUCUCGUCUGGGUACUGCCCCGGGCCCCUGCCUGGCUCAGCACUUCCCCCCGCCUCCCUCCACCACCCCCUCCAGCCCACGCCCACCCUGGUGCCCAGCUACUCGCCCUCCACCCAAGUUUACAGCUACCCGCCAAGCAGCUACCCCCACCAGCCCAGCCUGGCCCCCGCUUACAGCCACCCCUCUGCAGGGUACUUACACUCCGGGCUGGCCACCCCUACUCCUCUCCCCUCCCGACCCACCGUAGUCGGGGGUAGCUACAGCUACCAGGAGUCUGGAGGUGGGGUGAAGAGGAAGGCAUUUGACAUGUCAUUGGAAGAGGAGGGGGAAGGUUCUCGAUACAGGAAGUAUUCAGGCUACGACCCAAUGAAGUCCGGAGGAGGAGGGGACUCUCUCUCUCCCUACAGCAUGGGGGAUAAAGGAAACAUCAGAUUCACCACAGGCAGCACAGAUCCCCUGGCAUUUAAGCCCAGUAAGCCCUCCUCCCAGCCCCUGGUGUCCCCUCCCUAUAUGGUGGCUGUAGCAGGGGAGAACAGCCCGGCAGCAGGGAUGACUGAAGAGAACGGAGGAGGAGGAGGGUCAGAAAACCAGGGCUUCUCCCACUCCCAGCAGCAACAGCAGCAGCACCCCAGCCUGAAGAGUCCAGACCCCAUGGUUCUGGAUCUAGUCAACGGGGAAGUGCUGGACUGCAGCCCAGCCCUGCUAUGGGGGGAGCUGGCUGGGCUGACCCACGUCAAAGCUGCCCUGGAGGAGGAGCUGUUGUGGCCCUGUCUAAGGCCCAGCCCCACCAUCCUCCCCCCAGCCACCGUGCUGCUGUUCGGCCCCCGGGGAAGCGGGAAGACCACCCUGGCCCGCUCCAUGGCCGCCCAGCUGGGGGCCUCCUUCUAUAGGCUCAGCGGGGCCAUGUUAGCUUCUAAAGGCAAGGUGGAUGCCGAGGGGAUCCUGGGGGCCACGCUGCAGGUGGCGGGGGCGAGACAGCCUUCUGUUGUGCUGCUCAGUGAAGUGGAGGCUCUGGAGGAUGAGGAGGGGCUGAGGCAGGUGUUGCUAUCCGCCCUGGAGAAGGCCCAGAUGGGGUUAGGGUCGGCGGGGGGAGCCCCUGGGCUGGUGAUCGUGGUGUGUACCACCGGCAGGCCAGACCUGCUCCAGGAUACGGUGCAUCGGAGCUUCGCCAAGCACUACCACGUGGGCCUGCCAGAUGCGGGGAUGCGGAGACAGGUGCUGCUGCAGGCGCUAGUGCCCCAGGGAUGUUCUCUCAGUGACAGGGAGCUGGGGGCUGUACUGCAGCGGUCAGAGGGCUUCUCUGUGUGGGAGCUGCUGCAGCUCUGCCAGCAGGCCCUAUCCUCAGCAUCCUCCUCGGGCCCUCAGGGGCCCUUACACAGCCUUUCAGGACAGGCUACGGGGCCCCCAGCCCUCAAAGACUUUGAGAACGCCUUCUGCAAGGUGCGUCCGCAGUCGCACGCCACCCCGAAAGAACUGGACACUUGUAUGGAGUGGAGCAAGGUGUACAGUCAAUGA